CAAGAGAAAUCAAAAACAGAAGCUCAGUGGCCAAGAAACUGGCCGGGUAAGGAGCUGAGAGAGAGAGAGAGAGAGGACUGCUCCUCAAGGAUGCGCCUGGUCCUGGUUAACGCAUUCUUGUGCUUUCUGGCAGUGGGAGCCGUGGACUCGGGAUUUCAAGCGGCGAGUGAGGAUGGUCUGGCAGAAUGUAGGAAGACCCAGAAAGGCUUGACUGCACUGGAAGUUCUGCCCGGAGGAGGAUGGGACAACUUGAGGAAUUUGGACCGGGGGAGAGUGAUGAACACCAGUUACUCGCAGUGUAAGACCACCGAGGACGGACUGUAUCUGAUCCCAGAUCAGGUGUAUGUGGUGCCCCUAAAGCAGACUAGCAUCGAGAUUGUGUCCGAGCUGAUUGAGAACUGGCGCCACUACAAAAGCUCCACCAGUGCCUCGGUCAACUUCGAGGUGUCCUUCCUCUCCUGUCUGAACGGCAAGUUCUCCGCCGAUAGCGAGAGGGUCAAAACCCAUCAAGUGCGCGACAGUUGCAUGACCACCAGGAUCCAGGUGAGAAACCUCAUGUACGAGGUCAAAGCCCAACCCAAUUUCCAGCUGGACCAGGGCUUCAAGGAGCAGCUGAUCCAGAUAGGCAACUACAUCGAGAACAACCAGACCAGAGCCGCCCGCUACUACACCGAGUUGCUGGUCCGUAACUACGGGACCCAUGUGUUGACCGGUGUCCACGCCGGUGCCAACCUGGUGCAGGAGGACCAGGUGCGAUCGAGCUUUGUGUCCGACGGCUGGAGCCGUAAGUCCACCAUCACCUCCUCGGCCGGUGCCACCUUCUUCCACGUUGUCAACGUGGGGCUUGGUGGCCAAGCCGAAUCCCUGGACCAGUUCACCAGGCAGUACUUGGGGAACAGGUCCCACUCCAGGGUGGAGAACAACGGUGGGAUCCCCUUCUACCCCGGGGUCACCCUGCAGAAGUGGCAGCAGGAGAUCACCAACCAGCUGGUGGCCAUCGACCGGUCGGGCCAGCCCUUGAAUUUCUUCGUCAGCCCGCAGAGCCUCCCGGAGCUGCCGGCGCCCACGGCCAAGAAGCUGAGCCGGGCCAUCGAGAGCGCCAUCAGCCUCUACUACACGGUCAACACCCACCCGGGCUGCCUGGACCGCCGCUCGCCCAACUUCAGCUUCAGGGCCAACGUGGAUGACGGCUCCUGCGAGGACGUGGGCACCAACUUCACCUUCGGCGGGGUUUACCAGGAGUGCCAGGAGCUUUCCGGGGCGGAUGCCCAGCCCCUGUGCCGGAACCUGGCGCAGAGGAACCCGCUGACCGGGUCCUUCGGCUGCCCCCCCGGGUACACGGCCGCCCAGCUGCACUCGGGGGUCACGGAGGAAGCCUACAGCCAGUACGAGUGCCACCAGCAGUGCCACCCGUGCUGGCUUUUCGCCACUUGCUGCAAGGACGUGUGCGGCGACGCCUACCACGUGCGCCGGGCCCGCUUCACCGCGUCCUGGUGCGCGGCCCGCGGCCCGGUCGGCCCCUCCUCGGGCUACCUCUUCGGCGGCCUCUACAGCGCGGGCGCCGGCAACCCGCUGACCCAGAGCCGCACCUGCCCGCCGGCCUUCUACCCGCUGGGCCUCCUGCGGGACCUGAGGGUCUGCGUGAGCGACGACGAGGAGCUGGGCUUCCGCUACUCCGCCCCCUUCGGCGGCUUCUUCAGCUGCGAGGCCGGCAACCCGCUGGCCGGCCCGCCGCAGAGCGAGCCCGGGCCCGGGCCCGGCCCCGGACCGGACCCCAAGCGGUGCCCCAAGGGUUACAGCCAGCACCGGGCCGCCAUCAGCGACGGCUGUCAGGUCCUGUACUGCGUGAAAUCCGGCGCCUUCGGCGGGAUGGACCUGCCCCGCGUCAACCUGCCCCCCUUCUCCCGGCUCCCCCUCCUCACUGCCGGCUCCACCAACACCGUGGUCGUCCUGUCCGAGUACCAGCAGCCCUGGCUCAAGGACAGCAACACCGAAGUGUGGAGGACGGCCCGCGAAUCGGACGUUCGGGGGCUGCUCCACCAGGGCCCGUCCGGCGGGGCCGCGGCCGCCAUCGCCGUCUCCGUGGCCGUGGCCGUGGCGGCCCUGCCUGCCCUCGCUUACUACGGCAGGAAGCGCUGGAGGAACCGCGGUUACCAAGCCCUGGACAGGUCCUCCGCCGCUUCCAACUCCGAGACUGCAGAAGGCCAGGACACAGCGGUUCUGUGUCCUCGAGCCCAGGAUGCUGAAGUCUGAUCAGAAAAUACAUUCCCGUUGGGUGGGGAAGUGGGGCUGAAUACUUGGCUACAACUCAUCCAAGCAGAGCAGAGGCGAAAGUGCAGACAGACACUCCGAUAUUCAGUCAUGUGUUACGUGGAUCAAAUGAAACACAUCACUCGGGGAG